GUCGGUCACUCCCACUUGUAAAGAAAAGUGAGAAGAAAGUGAAGUCUGACAGCUAAAAGCCGAGCACCCAUGCAGAGCCGAGGUGAUGGCCGGACAGACGUCGACGGGGGGAAAGAGGCAUAAAUGAAGGAGUGUCUGCUUGUUGCAUGAAGUUCAGCCUCCUCACGAGGAAAUAAUCACAGCCAGACUGAGAUGAUGUGGACGACUGUGGUCCUGCUGCUGCUCUCGCCUCAGCUGCUCUGCUCCAGCCAGAACAAGGGAAAUGGUGCUAAUUUGAGCCUUCCAGAACUGAUCGUGCAGGACGUCUCUGAUGCUUCUGCCAAAGAGCAGAAACCUCCCGGGGAGGACAAGAGACGGGACGCCUGCUCCGUCCCCUGGGACAUCGCCAUCAAGCUGCUCCGAGAUGAGAAACACUCCGUCUGCGGCCAGGUGCAGCAGUCGUUGAUGGCGUUUGGACGCAGCACCCGCAAGCUGAUCCGGGACGUGAUGGAGGAGCAGCAGAGAGCUCUGGAGCUCCUCAGCAGUCAGGUGGCAGAGCUGAUGAGCAGAGUGCAGACGCUCAGCUCGGAGGUGCAGAGGAGCAACACCGAGAUGUACGCCAUCAAACCUGUGCAGUCCCACGGAAGAGACUGCAGUGACAUCAAGGACAACCUCAUGUCAGCCGUCCCCAAGAUCCCCAGCGGCAUUUACAUCGUCCAUCCGGAGAAUACGGACUUCUCAUUUGAGGUGUUCUGUGAGAUGGACUACAUGGGAGGAGGAUGGACGGUGAUGCACAAGAGGAAUGACGGGCUAACUGACUUUAAACGACCCUGGGCGGAUUAUAUUGAUGGAUUUGGACACCUUCCAGGAGAACACUGGCUGGGCCUGAGGAAGGUGUUUCACAUCGUGAACCAGAAAGAUGCUCGGUUCCAACUCCACAUCGCUCUGGUGUCCCACGAUGACGUCAGCUCCUACGCUUCGUACGACGACUUUCGGCUCGAUAAUGAAACGCAGUUCUUCAGGAUUCACCUGGGCAGAUACGCAGGCAGUGCUGGUGACGCCUUCCGCGGCUACGACCAGGAGCAGAACCAGGACACGGCUCCGUUCAGCGCCACGGACGUCGACAACGACGGCUGCAACCCGGCGUGCUCGCUGGACAACAGCACGGUGGAGAGCUGCAGCCUCCGCCACGGGCACACGGGCUGGUGGUUCAACCGCUGCGGCCUGGCCAACCUGAACGGGGGCCCCGCCGGGGGCCACCGCCAGGGGGCGCGCUUCCUCUGGGACACGUGGAGGCAGAGCGGAGUCCCGCACAGCAUCAAGUCCGUCACCAUGAAGAUCCGCAGGAUCGCAACCAACAACUGAACUCACUCACUUGCAGAUUCUGAGAAAACAGAAUAAAACACGUUUCUAUCGCC